GUAUAUAAGAAUAAAUUUUGACCCAUAAAUUAACUUCCACUCGAACAAACAUGUAAGUCAUUCUCUUAAUCUCUCGUAAACACCCAGAUUAUUGGUAAGAAUUGACAUCUAUACUAGCUUCAUGGGGGGAAAAUAAAUCUCAAUAAUUGAAUUGUAUGGAAGAAAAAGUAAGUUAUCCAUUUCCUUGUUUCCAACAUUGAUGCAUAUGUAAUUGUGAAUGGCAAACAAAGACAUUAUCAUUCCUUUAGAAAGAGAUUAACAAGUUCCAUUCCACUAAUUAUGCAUGGGUGCAAAGUAGAAAAAAAGGUGGGGGAAUCUACUCUCCAUUGUUUACCUUGAGUUAGCACCAAAUUUCUUUGUGAUUGGAUUAGGUUUUUAUUAAAGUAUGUGGGUGGGGGAGAGUAGGGCUGGCCAUUCGGUUAUCGGUUGUUGGUUAACCGGCCGGUUAAACCGAUAACCGGUGGUUACCGGUUAACGACUAACCGAAAAUAAAGAUCUCGGGCGGUGUUCGAUAGCAGGGUUGGAGAGGCCGGUUAACCGCCUAACCGACAGUAAUAACCGCCGGUUAAACUGACUAACCGGCGCAUCCUCACCCUCGUAAAAGAGACGCCGCUUCUGACUUCCAACCCACCCUAACCCUAAUCCGCCAUUCCUCUGCUCUGCUGUCUGUUGCUCUGCAUCCAUCGCGAGACCUCCCUCUCCCGGACUCUCCCUUUACUUUCUCCGACGGCGCCACCGUCCCCCGCCACGCCACGACGAUGUCCCGCCGGCCGAUUCACUUCGAUUCGGCGUCUGUUUGGGGGUUAUUGGGAUUAGAGGGGGCGAUUCGACUCUGUUUUUUGGCGGCGGCGACGGAGGAUGAUGUGCGGUGGUGGUGGAAUCGUUUGAGAAGGUUGCGGGAGAAGGUGGUUUUGACGGAACGCCAGGUGGAGCGGAGCUUCAAUUUCCAUGCCCUGAUUCUUCUCCUGGGUUGGAAUGGGGAAGCCGGUAGCUGGAGGGUGGUCUGUCUUCUCAAUGCUAACGGCGAGGCGUCCAUGGCGGGUGAAAUCGAACUUGAGAAUGGUCAAUUGAGGGAGGGAAGAAAUGGGAUGUUGAGAGGGAAUGGGAUUUUGAUGAAGAGGACGAGGAUGGAUAUGGGAUUAUGUAGAGAGUGGGAAGGCAGUUGAAGAAAGAGACUAUCACAGUGGACCGCCAUGGGAAGGAAGGAGAGGAGAGUGGUUCAACUGAGAUCGUCGUCUUGCUGGGGUGAGUUUUUCUCCGCCAUUGCUAACCGGCGGUUAACCGAGCAACUAACCGAUAACCGACCAGUCGGUUGUCAGCUAACCGAUGGUUUCCAUCGGGCGGUUGGCGGUAUCCACUUCUGUUGCCACGGUUAACCGGUAACCGACAUUUCGGUUACCGGUUAUAACCGAACUAACCGAAAAUCCAGCCCUUGGGGAGAGCCUAUAUAUAUACUUCACCAUCCCAGCAAUCGUUUCAGCAUUUAUUUCCAAAGAGAAUAAAAACUCUGGAAUUUUUGGGUAAAAAGGUGGGGAGAGGAGAAGAAAGAGGACAACAAAAUGUUGUUGAAUGGGAAAGGAACAAAGCCAAAAUCUUCUUUAGGUAAUGGGCUAAUUGUUAUCAAUUUGUUCUCAAGGUUGCUAUACUAAGAUGGACAUUUGGGCUAGUAGUUAUAGCUAAAGUUUGAUUAGCAAUGUAAGCAAAAAUGUGUUUCUAUGUAGAAGCGUUAUAAUGAUCUAGAAGCGUAAAAUUGUAAGUGUUUAAGUGCGCUUUUAACUACAUUAGUUAUACAAAUUGCUAUUCUGGGUAAAAGCAUUUUAGUGACCUAAAAACGUAAAAAAUAAAGUUUUAAGUAAGUUUUAAAAUAGAAUUUUGACGACAUUGCACCUAAGCAAUCCUUUUACAUUAAGAAAUUUAUUAAAAAAUUUGAUGACUCCAAAGGCAAUUCACCUUUCACCUAUUUCUUUCCUCUUUCAAUUUCCAAUUAAGUAGUCACCAUCUAGCUUGAUUUGCAGUAUCUAAUCAAAGCUUCUCUAGUCUCCAAGUCCUUACAAAAGAUUCAAAAUGUCCCCCCUUUGGUUUACUUUCUAAAUCCAUUAAUUUAUUGGAAAUAGAACCCUAUAAUUAUAUUUAUUCCCCCUCUAAGAUGGAACAUGGGAUGUUGAAAUAUUAUGCAUUAAGGCCAGGGUCCUAUCCUAUGUGCCCACUUUAAUUCUCCCCCUUCCUUUUGUUUGUGGGGUUUGAUUGGGAAAAAAGAAGGAAUUAUGGUAGUUUUUAUAUUAUUUUGUUCCCACAAGUUUAAGAGCAUAUUAUUAUUGUGUUUCACAUAAGGGAAAAGCUUCCUAGGCAUAGUAUUCAGUCAAGAUGUUUGAUACAUAGUAGGGUAGAGGUCAGACCUCUUCAAUUAUGUUCGUAGCUUGGGAAAAAUAUUCCUAAUAUGGGGCGCCUAUAUUUUCUCUCUUGUUGAAUUAAGAAGUUUGAUAAAAGAAAUCAAGCGAUCAAUUGAGAGAGAUUGUCUCUUCAUGAGGCCUGAGGAUAUACAAUAUGCUCGACAAUCGUUUUGUUUGCGCCCUCUCAAAUAACGUUUAUUUUAUAGUAUCCUUCGUACAUUAUCUCAAAACAAAAAUCAUAUUUUUGCCUCGAAGUUUAUACAACUUUGUCAUACAAUAUGCUCACUAAUGAUGCCAACCAUUUAUAUGGAACGUUUUUAAUUUCAAACACCUCCCUUAUUUGAAACUCUGAUACCAUUACGAUAAUGCAUAUUACACCGUUCUCUUAUGUUAAUUUUCCCCAGUUUCAUACGCAUCAAUGUUAACAUUAUUUCCCAUCUCUAAGUCUAAACCUAAUGAAUUUUUUAAACAACCAUACUGACAAGUAACACCUAAAUAGGAAGGGAGUGAAUGGUUGUCUAGGAAGACUAUUAACAAUGAAAGAUUCCUUCUCUUGAUAACCACAAAUAACUAAUAAUUUUUUUUAAUUAUA